CUGGCAGUGGUACUGAGCGGCACUAGUCGCGGACGAUUAUUAUGCGAUCCGCUGCGGCCGUCCUGGCCGCGGCGACGGCGCUCGUUCUGCUCCUGGACGGCGCGCUCGCUCGGCAAAAGCAUCGCUCCCGGAACGGCGCGCACAAAUCAGAUAUCUCUCUCUGGAUCGACCAGCAACAGACGAAGAUGUUAAGCGGACUGGCUAUGGAAAUAUACGCGAUCGCGGAGGGUAGAGUGAUCAGUCAUCUCUUGGAUCCCGAAUUCGAAAGAAAAUUGCCGAUAAUUCCGAGCGAGGUAUCGCACGUGAAUUUCACGUGGAAGGCCGGGACUAAAAAGUAUUAUUACAAUUUCUUUCGCUUGAAAUCGUUCGACGAGAGCAUCCUGAAAACUCCAUCCAUCACGAUCGAUACACGAGGACGGGUUCCCAAACGACCGAAAGAGUUCAGUAUUCUGCUACCUUGCGCCGGCAAAGGUAUAGCGCAAUUCGGCAUCGGUCUAAUGAUCGAGACGCGCAAUGGGAUAUCUCUGAAUGGGACGCCGCUACGUUUCCGUUUGAGAAAAGAAUGCAGCGUGCGCGAGCCUAAUCCUGGUCCUUGUCCGGAUGGUUAUCUAGGGCCACCUCAUUGCAACAAAGCGCUUUGUUAUCCAAAGUGUAUGAAUGGUGGUAAUUGCACGGCACCGGGUGUGUGCUCGUGCCCGCCAGGAUAUCAAGGACCCUACUGUGAAGGAGGUAUCUGCAGGGAGAAAUGCUUGAAUGGAGGAAAAUGCAUACAAAAGGACGUCUGUGAAUGCACCAAGGGUUAUUUUGGUUUACGCUGUGAAUUCUCCAAAUGUGUCAUCCCUUGUUUGAACGGAGGCAAAUGCAGGGGCAAUAAUAUUUGUCGAUGUCCAAAGGGUUUUAAAGGUAAUCAUUGCGAAAUUGGAAGACGCUCGUCACAACGAUCGACGUGUACGAGAGCAUGUAGGAACGGGAUCUGUCAACCGGACAACACAUGUCUCUGCGAUUCUGGUUGGUUUGGAAAGUUAUGUAACAAAAACAAACCAUGGGCUUAGGAAUUGAUAAUAUAUCUUUGCUAUUUUUUAUGUCAAUUAAACUCUUUCAAGAUAACAUCUCAUUCUAAAUUUUCAGACAUAUAAAUUAUAUUUAUAAUUUAUAUAUUCUUAAUUACACAUGUACCAAGAAUUAAUGUCCUAUGUGUCGGUAGAGAAAGAAUCUCGUGAUAUUAAAAUGAUUCAAGGAGAGAUUUGUAAGAUCUUGUUCAUUUAAUACCGAGAUACAAUAUGUGUGCAAAAAAGAAGCCUCGUGAAAUUUAGAUCCCAAGAAUUUUCAAUCAGUCGCUAGUAGAAAAUUUUUAAUUUCUAAUUUACCUUGUUCCAGAUGUGAUAUGUAAAGCUAUUUUUUUAUGCCAUCUUAUAUAACAAUAUUAUAUGUUUAGUUAUACAAUAUCUUUGUGGGUAUUGUAGUAAUAUGUAGUAUGAUUGUAAAAACAAAGUAGGAACAAAAUAUACUUUUAACCAUGCCAGAAAGUAUGGAUUAUACAA